AUGGACGUUGAAGUGGCUAAUAAAGAACUGAUUAAACAGCUUGUCGAACGAGACAGAGUAGAACAGAAUUUUUCUGCGCUUUUCCAGUCGCCCGUGGUAGAGAUUAACAGCAGUUUAGAAACCGCAUCGCCUUUGAAUGAGACGAUAAAAAGGCUUAAAAGAGAACUGAAGUCCAAGACAGAUGAGGUUGUCAAAGCCCGUGAGAUUUUGCUAAUCAAAAAUAGGGACUCCGAACGACUUAGAGAUGAGAUAAUUUCGCUAGAUAUCGAAAACAACGUCUUGCGAGAACAGUUGGAAAAAGUGACCUCUGAAUACGACGCUCUUGUUACAAGGUGGCUCGAAAAGGCGCAACAGGAAGCGGACAAUCUGAAUGAAGGCCUAAGCUAA